UUUUGAUACAAUCUUAUAUUCAAAUUGAUGUCGUUACAUAUAUCUAUAUUUUUCAAAUUAAAAAAAAAAAUCUCUAUUUGAAAUUGAAAUUGAUUUAAAAAACAUGAUUUACAAUUAACCUAGUUGCAAAUCGAAAUUGAAUCGAUAACUUACCAACGAACCAACGUAUUACCGGUUUUCAGUUUCACUCGUCGUAUUUUUCCAAAAUUUGGUUUUCACCGACGAACUUUUAAGGUUUUGACGGUGAUUUAUAAUUCUUUUUAGUUUUUAUAGAAAAUAGUCCUGUGGAUUUUGAGUUCCUGUUUCUUAUGUCUGUCUAACUCCGUCGUUCUCCGUCAAUGGCAAAAACCCGCACCACCAGAAAAACCCUAGAUUCUUACACCAUCAAAGGCUCCAAUAAAUCCAUCAAACCCGGCGAUUGUGUGUUGAUGCGCCCUUCUGAUUCAUCGAAGCUGUCGUAUGUAGCAAAAGUGGAGAAGCUCGAAUCGGACGCCAAAGGAAGCAACGUGAGAGUUCACAUACAGUGGUAUUACCGACCGGAGGAAUCGAUCGGUGGCCGGAGACAGUUUCACGGCACUAAAGAGGUUUUCCUCUCCGAUCACCAUGAUGUUCAGAGCGCCGAUACAAUCGAAGGCAAGUGUACUGUUCACACUUUCAAGAGCUAUACAAAGCUUGACUCAGUUGGUAACGACGAUUACUUCUGUCGUUUCGAGUAUAAUUCUUCCACUGGAGCCUUCAAUCCUGAUAGAGUCGCUGUAUACUGUAAGUGUGAGAUGCCUUACAAUCCCGAUGACUUGAUGGUUCAGUGCGAUGGCUGCACAGAUUGGUUUCAUCCUGCUUGUAUAGACAUGACGCCAGAGGAUGCUAAACAGAUCGAGCAUUUCUUCUGUCAGAAUUGUUCAUCUGAAGAACAAAAGCUCCUCCAAAAUUCCCAUGCUACCUCCAGACAUACUGAUGUGAAGGUGGGAACAAAGCGCAGAAGGAGGUGAUUGAAUAUAUAUGGGUUGAUACGAGAUGGUAAAUGUGGUGUGAUACAAUAAUCUGUAUGUAUAUGUUUCUGGAGAAGAGUUUAUGUAAUUUAGGGUUUUCCCACUUAUUUUUAUGUGGUAUACGUUUCAAAACCUGUGUUCUGAUGUAUCUAGUUUACCUCGUAAUAUAUAAAUCUAGACAUGUAUAAAUCUCUUAACUAUCUUUGAUGGAGAAUAAAGAAAAAGAGGUGAAGUUGUUUGCCUGCUUUUGAAUAACUGAAAAUGUGAUUAUCGGGAUUUGCUUAUGCUCUGCAUAUGGUAUUAUUAGGCCCCUACUUAGGAUGGAACAAAACAAAUUGUAAUGUGUUUGUGUUUGUGUUUGUUAUGUUAAUUG